CCUCCCCCCUAGUCCAGGAACUCCUGGUGUAGCAGCAGCUGACUCGGGGCACAGAACUUUCCCUAAUAUCUAAUGUUCCAUAUUUAUUUAUCCGGUGGUGCCUUUGUCUCCUGCUCCCAGGGGUCGCUGGUCUGCAGAUGAAAAUGCCAUUUUCCUCAUUUCAUUUUGAUACCGAAUCUUCUGCAUUCUCUUCCUGGUCUGAGAGUCGUAUUGACAACCACUCAAGCGACAACCAGUUGUACUGUUAUAAUGGAUCAGUCGGUAGCACAGUACUACAAGGGGUGACGUUUGGUGGGAUCCCUACUGUACUGGUGUUAGAUGUGACUGGAUUUGGGAUUUUGUUAUUGGUGUUUUCCAUCAUAAGGAAAAGGUUUUGGGACUAUGGCCGAGUCGCUCUGGUGUCUGACGCCGACAGCAUUCCCCGCUCCAGGUAUCAAAGACUGUCAUCAUCCUCUUCUGUUAAUGAGGAACUAGAAAGGGACUCUGGUUUCUGUUCCUGGAUGACCUCUAUCUUCCAAAUGAACGAUGAUGAGAUCUACGAUAGAUGUGGGGAAGAUGCGACUCAUUACCUCUCCUUCCAGCGUCACAUUAUCUGCCUGCUCGUCGUCGCCAGCAUCCUCUCAGUCGCCGUUAUCUUGCCCGUAAACCUUUCUGGCAAUUUGCUAGAUAAUGAUCCCCUCAGUUUUGGAAGGACAACAAUAGCUAACCUACAGUACCGUAACAGCCUGCUAUGGCUCCACACCGUUGUUGCAGUUAUUUAUCUCGUCGGCACAAUACUUUUCAUGAGACAUCACACCUCUGCUAUUAAAUACAAAGACGAAAACACAGUGAAGCACACACUGUUUAUCACUGGCCUCCCUCGUAAUAUAGACAAGGAAACCAUCAGCAGACACUUCAGUGAGGCCUACCCAACCGUCAGAGUGCAAGAAGUACAUCUGUGCUAUGAUGUCGCUGACCUGAUCCGUCUCUCCAGAGAGAGGAAAAAGGCAGAGAAAAGCCUGGAUUAUUUUACCAAUCUAUUUAAUAAGCACGGAAAGCGUGUUUUAAUCAAUACAAAACCUUGUGGUCAGUUUUGUUGCUGUGAAAUUCGAGGCUGUGAAAGGGAGGAUGCUUUAGAAUACUAUACCAGAGUUAACAAUAAGCUGCUGGAGGAGUAUACAAGAAAACAGGAGGUUGUAUAUAAUGUUCCCCUGGGUAUCGCCUUUGUUACCUUUACGGAGAAGUCAAUGGCAACGUUCAUUGUAAAAGAUUUCAAUGCAGUAAAGUGCCAGGGAUGCAAGUGUGGUGCAGAACCUCAGCCAUCAAUGUACAGCAAAUUGCUCCACACCUCCAAGUGGACAGUGAAAUAUGCUACUUAUCCUGAGAACAUAUGUUGGGCUAAUCUCUCUGUGCAGGGAAUACGGUGGUGGGCCCGGUGGUUUGGCAUAAAUUUUUGUCUUUUUAUCAUAUUAUUCUUCUUGACAACCCCAUCUAUAAUUAUCACAACGAUCGACAAAUUCAACGUAACCAAACCGAUUUAUUACCUAAAUAAUCCUGUGAUCAGUCAAUUCUUCCCUACUCUCCUGCUGUGGUCUUUCUCGGCAUUGUUACCCACCAUAGUGUACUACUCAACGCUGCUGGAGUUUCAUUGGACAAAGUCUGCAGAGAAUAGAAUUAUGAUGCAUAAAGUUUAUAUAUUUCUCAUUUUCAUGGUGCUGAUUUUACCAUCACUUGGCCUCACCAGUUUAGACUUUUUCUUCCGUUGGUUGUUUGACAGAUCACUGGAUACUAAUGGCCCAAUCAGGCUCGAAUGUGUCUUCCUUCCUGACCAGGGAGCCUUCUUUGUAAACUAUGUUAUUGCAUCAGCUUUCAUUGGGAAUGGGAUGGAGCUAUUGCGCCUUCCAGGUCUGAUCCUUUACACCAUUCGUAUGAUCAUGGCAAAGUCUGCUGGGGAGCGGCGCAAUAUAAAGCAGCACCAAGCCUUUGAGUAUGAAUUUGGGGCAAUGUACGCCUGGAUGCUGUGUGUAUUUACAGUAAUAAUGACAUACAGCAUAACAUGUCCAAUUAUUGUCCCCUUUGGGUUAAUAUACAUGUUGCUCAAGCACAUGGUAGAUCGUCACAAUCUGUACUAUGCAUAUCUGCCUACAAAGCUGGAUAGAAAGAUCCAUUUUGCUGCUGUAAACCAGGCUCUCGCUGCACCUAUACUUUGUCUUUUGUGGCUGUUCUUUUUCUCUUUUUUGCGAAUGGGUUUUAAAGCUCCGUCAACUCUCUUCACUCUGAUCAUCUUGCUCAUCACAAUUUUGAUCUGCCUGUUUAAUGCUUGUCUUGGCUGUUUUAAGCACCUUAGUCCGCUGAAUUACAAGAUUGAGGAAUCCCGAUUAGAGACAGAAACUGCAAAGAACGGAGAAGCUUCUCAGAAAUCGUCUAUGUAUGUCCCUAGUGUAUUGAUUCCUCCACCUAAUGAAACUACAAAACUGGACAGACAAGCGGCCCAGUCCUAUGGCACCAUGACAAACACUGAACCAGUUGCCAUAGAUGGUGUUGAAACAUCAUCUGUGACGGACUCUGAGCCAGUAACAACUCUACAUGACCAACCUGAGCAACUUAUAGAUAUUGACUCCUGAAAGCACACUUUAUAUGCUGUCACCAAAAUCAAACACUAGGUGGAGACAUUGUACCAUUUAUUGAUACUGGGAUAUACAUUGAACUGCAAUAGACAAUGUUACACUGAUUACAAGCUAAUAGAGGAGGAAGGACUGAGAUUAUAUCAGGGAUUCCGGAUACUCUGCAGCUGCUGACUGAACAGCUGGACCAAUCAUAAACCACAUUGAAUGACACUUGGGGCAUCACAUUGUUUCACUGCAUUCUGAAAGGGUUGGACACAUCUUGAAUAUGUCGUUGAAUGAAAUCUGCUGUGAAUAUAACAUUCAGCUGCCGGCUUAUAAAGCUUUUUAUGAAUGAAUUCAGACUACUAAAUUAGUAAAGCUAAAAGAAAUGUGUAUAGAGAUACACAAAACCUAUAUGUGGCUCUACAGGAACAUAAUGGUAUAGAACUAAGUAAAGCAAAUACAUCACAUAACUUCUACUGUCUUUUUAUAUUGUACUUUUAAUAUAUCUUGUUUUUUACUCUGCACCCUAUCAAAUGUUGUGUUCAUGAAAUAUUUAACCUAUUAGCUGCUAAGCAACACAAUGCUUUGCCGUCCUCUCUGCUAAUCAGUGGGUUAAAGUGACAUAAAAAGUGUAAUAAUGCUCUUGUUCUUUAGAACAUUUCAUUAUUAAACAAAUUAAAAAAGGUUAAACACAUAGUUAAAGACGAACACUUGUGUCAUUCAUGAUUAGCAAACAUUUGUUGAUUGAUUGGGCAGAUACAUAGGACCCUUCUGAUUGGCUCAUCAGCUGUGUCCGUCCCAGGAGCAGCAAUGCAUUGUACCCAGGAGCCACAAUUUUACACUUUUUUUUAAUAAUAAAAUUCUCUAAUAAAUUAAAUUAUAUUAUAAUAUAAUUAAUAAUAAAAAAGCUAAUUGCCUCUUUAAAGCUGAGGUUCCACAACAAAGGACAUUACUGAACAGUGAUACUUUCAGUUCAUACGCAUUUCGCUUUUGCUGCAACUUAUUUCUUCACUCUGCUUGUUGGAUAACUCUCUACGUCUAACAAAAACACUGAUCAGUUGUAUCAAACACUUAAAAUAAAUAAUUUUCCAAUUACUGGUUCAUCACUGGAGUAUAAAGUAAGAGCCAAAUGAAUAUUUAUUAAGUGUCUUCCUAUUUUUGAGAACUUAAAACAGGUAUAUUUUUCUGUUUUUGUAAUGAAGAAGAGAUGUAAAUAAAAUAAAUAUGAGGUUUGUUAUAUUUGA